GGUCGGUCUGCGCGAGCGCCGACGGCCGUUGGGCGGGAGCGGCGCGUGGGGCGCUGAGGGGUAGCGGCCUCUGUGCUGGCGGCGGCCGUGAGCGAGGGCUGAGGAACCAGAGAAAUGGCCACUACGCAAUCUGUCUUCACAUUUGCUCUCUGCAUUUUAAUGAUAACUGAAUUAAUACUGGCUACAGAGAGCUAUUAUGAUAUCUUAGGAGUGCCAAAAAAUGCAUCUGACCGCCAGAUCAAGAAGGCAUUUCACAAGCUCGCUAUGAAAUACCACCCAGACAAAAAUAAGAGUCCUGGAGCAGAAGCGAAGUUUAGAGAAAUUGCCGAAGCUUAUGAAACAUUAUCAGAUGAAAAUAAACGAAGAGAAUAUGAUCAGUUUGGGCGUCACGGAGGACAAGGAAACAAUGAAAGUCCGUUUCAUCAGUCAUUUAAUUUCAACUUUGAUGAUCUGUUCAAAGACUUUGACCUCUUUAGUCAAAACUCACGGUCAAAAAAGCACUUUGAAAAUCACUUCCGAAGUCAUCGGGAAGCUCACAAUCGGCAAAGACGUUCUUUCCAAGAGUUCUCCUUUGGAGGUGGACUGUUUGAUGAUGUGUUUGAAAAUAUGGAGAAAAUGUUUUCGUUCAGUGACUUUGAAAACGCACACCGACAUGCAGUGCGAACUGAUACCAGGUUUCAUGGAUCCAGCAAGCACUGUAGGACUGUCACUCAGAGACGAGGAAAUAUGGUUACCACGUAUACAGACUGUUCUGGACAAUAAUGUCUCCUUUCUUUUCAUCUCUCUUCUUCUUUCAACAUCUUCAUAACCUCUCUUGGUUUUGUGCUAACAAGGAAAAAAUUCUUUGAACUGUUCUAAAAAACACUUAACUACUAUAAAGAAAUUGUAGAUGAAACUAAUCUUCAAAAUAGAAACAAUACACAGUUGGGAAGUAAAUGUCUUAGUAACUACUUAGAAUGGGAGAGAAGUCAUCUCAUGUAUUUGAAACUUCACGUAUUCAUGUAUUUGAACUUCAACAUAAGAUACAUAUUUUUAAUUUCAGAGAUAUAGUACAAUUUUUUUCAUAUAUGCCAAUUCAGGACUGUUUGAGUUACUGGUGCGUGUGGAUUGCAGCAGGGGAGAUACUUGCAAUUUUUACCUGAUACGGACUUACUGUGCAAAUUUGAUAAUAUAUACAAAGUAGCAGCAGAAAUAUGACUUACCUGAGUCUCUGUUACUCUUUCCAGCAUUACAAAUGUAUUAAAAAACCCGCUUUUUAAAAUUGGAAAAUAACAAGAGGGAAUAUGUUAAGAUUGUGCUUUACCUAGGAGAGUGAUAUAGGAAUUACUUUUUUUUUUUUUCCAAAUAGCCUUUCAUUGGCCUGAAGAGAUUUUAGGAUUUGAAUAACCCUUGACUUACUUAAGGGCUAUUCAUGUAUGUAAGCUUGUGUGCACACAAACUUUUUUUUCUUCCUUCCAAAGUACAAAUAUCUCUUUAACAAAGUUUAGAAGAGCAUACUGAAAACACUCUUGUUUUGUGCUUAUUAUAUUAUCAUGUGUGCAAUGUAGUUUCUGUAGCUCAGUUUAUUGAACUUAAAUACUCUCCUGUGCUCUUGUGAACUUAAACAAGGUAAGCUUGCUGCCAGAUUCCUAGUGUUCCUGGAAGGUUCUAAAUAAAAAAAUCAGUAGAUUGUGUUUAGACUUGACAGAUUUGUUACCAGGAGUCUUUCAGCAUUGUGAUUUGAAAUGUAAAUUCUUAGCAUAAACAGAGUACAACUGACAAUUAAAAUUGUUGUAUUCAUCUAAUAUCUUGUGCAGGAAUUUCAUAAUAAAGACAGUACGAAUGGGUAUUGGUUUUCAAAACCAUGGACAUCCAUAACCAGUCUAAGUUAUUUAAAACUGAAAAAAAAAAGAGGUGAGGGGAAAACCAACAAAAAACCUGUAAAUAUUUUUACUGAUGUCAAUCCAAAAGUUCUGUUUUAUUUCUUAACUAGUAGUACAGGUUUAGUAUAUUAAAUUGGUUCCCCUUAAUAAGAUUGCUGUCACCCACGUAUUGCUAUCCCUUUGGAAUUGUGAAAUAAGAAUUUACCUUUCAGAUUGAUUACAUCAGCAAAAUGAGUAUUUUAAACAACAAUAUUCUAAAUAGGUGUUGAGUUUUUAAAAAUCUUUAUCAAAAGAGAUUUAACCCUUUGCUUCUCAGAUGGAUAUUGAAAGCUGCCUAUUUGCUAAGUAACUUUAAUCUUCCCCUCAAAAGGGUAUGUAUUAUUGCUUGUUCAAUUUUCAUUCACUAGAUACUUGGAAUGGAUUGUUGCAUUAUAUUAAGUGCUUGUUCUUUUCCAUGUUCUUGUUUAUUUAUUAAUAGACUAAUACCUCAUAUAUGGUCUUUAUAUAAAGCCAGUAAUUUGUGCAACGUUUUCGGAAUGUGCAAUAUUCUUAUACUAGGAAAAGUGCUGGAGUGAGUGUGUUUGUGUUAUUUCCACCCUUUUUCUGUGUAAGUAGAGAUUUUUCAUUUCUUCUGUAUAAUUAAUAUAUGAUUCAAUCAAAAAUUGUAAUUAAUAUAGAUUUCUGCAAUUUUUUCUUUAACAUACUCCAUCAGUCCUAUGCAUGAAUCAAAUUAUCUGCCUGAUUCAUGUCAUAUGGGCAUCCAAGUGAACAAAUACUAACUUAAAGUUCUGAAUUACUUUCUUUUACAAAUAUCAAGCUUUUUAGAGGACAUUUCUGUAUGCAUUUGACAAGAAUUGUUCACACUGAGAAGACUUUGGCGGGAUGUGGCCUUUAGUAUUAAAUAUAAGAGAGUAUUAGUGAAUAUCCUUUAGGGAUGAUGACUGCUGGAAUUUAGUGGUGAGAGGCAACUCUGGAAGUAGGAUGCAGAGAUAAAAUGUUAAUGCCUUUCUUACUCUAGUGAGAAUUUUCUUAAUAUAAAAUAAAAAAAAAAAUAAUUUGUAAACAUCAGAAUGAGCAGUUCCUAAGCGUGGGAGAAGGAAUAUUUAAAGAUCGUACUGGAACCAAACUAUUGACUUCACCAAAGGUAGUUUUCUCCAGUUAUGAAUUUGAGUCCUUUCCCUAAUCCCGAAUUAGAGGAUUAAGGGUUAAAAUGAGCACUGUAAAUGGUAGGAAUUGCAGCCACCCCCAAAAUUUUAAGUCUGUUUUAAGUGACUGUAUGAGUACACCAACUUUUGGGCUAAACUUUUAGUGAAAAUCAAGGGUCCUUGGCUCCUUCUAGGCUAGAUUUCCCUCUUUAAGGAUACUCCAAACUUGGUAUGAAUGAAGCGUACUUGUUUUCUUUAACUCUUUAAAGUCAAACUAUGAAACUAAUAAUAAAAUGAUAGGGUUACUAGUUUUCUAGCUGAUAGUACCUUAAAAAGACUUCUGCCUAGUCUGUUUGUAUCUCCUUCCAUAUUAGUUCUCUUAAUUACUUGCCAUAGGAAAACCAACAAAUACUUGCUGUUAUUCCGAUGGCUUCUCAAAGUGACCUUUCUACAUGUUUUGGUUGUUGAGCUCUCCUUUUGGAUUUUACCUUGGAUUAUCACUAGCGUUGCAGAGUCUAGUGUGUUGCUAUCCAUAUGACUUUCUGUGAUGGGUAUGCUUUGAAUAGACCUUACCCGAAGAAAUUCAGGCAGGCUUUCCUCAGCCAGCAGUUUUCAGUGCCGUGGCUGUCGGAGCAUAUGCUUGCAAAACAUGUUGCGUGACUCACUUAUUCAGGGCUCUUGCACAUUCUUUUCCUAUUUAUAGUGUUUGCUUCAUGGCAGGUUCUCCAACGGAAGUCCUGGUAUGACCUUAUGACACCCCUGACUUCAGAAAUUUAAGUGCCAUCUUUGAUCUCCUUAACUUGUGAAAAGACCCAGCAAAACUUUUUUGUUGUUGUUGUGUGAGGGUGAAAAAAACCAAUUCUUAACAAUUUCUGAAAGGCUUUUAUGCAUACGUAAUUGCAAAUGGUUGAGUUUCUAAAACUUUACAAAAAAAUAUUGUGUUUUUUAUGUUUGAUUUUUCCCAUUAUACUUUUGAAACACAGUAUCUAGUGGAGAUGAAAGUACUGUAAACAUAAUUAGGGUGCCAUUACAUUAAAUAUGUAAAAAUUG